AUGACCGAUGAAAACCGACAGAAUCAAAUAUAUGAGCUGGAAGCGCUGGAGAGCGUUCUCAGAGAAAACAAACUGACAAAAACAAGUGACUGGACGGAUGAGAAGGCUGAAAUCGAAGGGUUCGUUGAGGUAAGACCCUUUUUGACUUUAUUAAAAUGAACAAAGUUCAGUUUUAGGCUGGCUUCGAUUCAAUUUCGGACCCCAACGUGCUUGUCGAAGGUGUUUCCGAGUCUGGAGAAAAGUUUUCCGUUCCGCUCGAUAUUCUCCCUCCCGUUCAACUCAAAUUCCGACUUCCAAAUGAUUAUCCGACUCUCUCUUCUCCCAGUUUGAUUCUCGAAAGCGAUUGGAUGACUGAAGAUCAAUUAAGAGCGUGCGAAACUGAAAUAAAGAAGAUUUGCGAGGAAAAUCAGAUGAUGCCGGUGCUGUUCUUUUGUUAUCAAGCAAUCAUUGAUAAAGUAAGAAUAUAACAUGACUAAAAUGAGGAAGGCAUUCACAGGUUGAUGAGCUGCAAAUAAAGGUGAUAAAUUUGAACGAAGCGCAUUCAUUGGGAAAGAACGGAGAAACAAUCGGGUCCCUCAAGAAGAGAAUUCUGGGAAAAGGACAAGAAGCUUCCGAAGAGCACUUUAUAAAUACUCUAUACGACUGCGAAGUGAGCAAAACAUUCAAUUUUUACUAGAUUAGUAACAAUUUUCAGGUGUGCUUUGACAGUUUGAUCGGUCAUCAAUGCAUCAAGUUCCAUCCGUGCUCGCACGUCUUCUGCAAAUCAUGCACUCACGAUUAUUAUCGAACAGUUGCCAAGGGACUAGUGGUAGGUUGAAUUUUCGAUAUUUUUAUUUAAGUUGUAGAGUUUUCAGUCGAAAGCGAUGCAAUGUAUGGCGGAAGGAUGCAGCAGUGAAGCGCCGCAAAGCGUUAUCAAGGAGGCUCUCGGGGAUGAGCUCUACGCCAAGUACGCCAAGUUUCUAUCUCACUUAAAAACAGUCGUGUUUGAAGGUACGAAACGGAAAUGUUGGAGAAGGCGAUUCGUGAGAUGGAUGACACUGUAGAAUGUCCUCGAGAAUUGUGCCGAAAAGUGGCCUAUGUCACCGAUAGGUAAAAAGAAAAAGAGCGCUUUUUCAGACUGAAAAACGUCAAUUUCCAGAGAACGAAACUUGGGCGAAUGCUCGUAUUGUCAGUUCUCGUUCUGUAAUUUGUGCAAGCAAACCUUCCACGGAAUAUCCGGAUGCAAGUGGAAAAAAGGCGACAAGACGAGACUUGUGAAACAGUGGCAGGAGGGCGGAGCCAGCGAACGGGCGGACAUGAUCAGACAGUUCGGAGGGGAAAAACACGUGCAAGUGCUGGUGGAGAGGUUCCUGAACGAGGAAUGGCUCGAUUCGAACAGCAAAGCGUGUCCGAAGUGCUCCGUGAGGAUAGAGAAAAACGAGGGAUGCCACAAGAUGCACUGCACAAAGUGCGACACUUACUUCUGUUGGCUGUGCUCCGAAGGGCUCAAUAAGGAGGAUCCGUACAAGCAUUUCCAGGGAGAUGUAAGUAUUAAAAUAAGGCUUUAAUGAAAUAUGUUUUCUUUUCAGGGAACAUGUUCCGGAAGACUGUUCGAAGGAGUUCAUCAUUUCAACGACCACGACGAAGAGGAUCUUUACGAUUUUGAGCUCGACGACGCAUUUGAUGAUGGCAGUGACUAUGAAGAUGAUAUGCUCGAUGCGGAGUUUUAUCCGUGGGAUGAUACUGAUGAAGAUGAAGACGACGAAGAAGAAAGAUUUAAUUAA